AUGCCAGACCAACCCUACACAUCGGACCUCCGGAGGCGCAUAGCCGAGCGCGUCACCGGGUUCGUCCCCCCACGCCAGAUAUUCACCUCUCCCCGCCGGCGCAUACCUCCUGAGCCUGUUCCUAUUCCUACAACCCUCCGUCCCCCUGGGCCCAACCGUUAUGACCAAGACUCGGAGCGAUCUCAAGCCAGGUUGCAAGGCUCGCAAAAUUCCGGGAGCCCGCCAAGUCGUGGUAACUCUCCACCACCUGAUGCUCCUGCUUCGAGUCCUGCAGACCAAUCGACGCUCGCUACACCCUCUCGUGGCGGGACCAAAAGGGCUGCUGGACAAUCCCCUGAGCUUGCUUCCGAGCGGGGUAGGAAAGCAGGCCGUGGAGCUCGCCUCGUGAGAUUCGCUGAUGACGAGGACGAAUCCCCGCGCCCUCCUGGCCGGCGAAGAAGCAAAGCAAAUCUGGAAACUUAUGUCAUGAGGUUCGCUAUUGACGAAGGGCAGCGGUCUAACACCCCGCCACCUGCGCCCGUGCGCCCGUCCCGCGGCAGGGGACCACGAGGAUCGAUCAGCCGUGGUUCGCUAUCCAUGCCGGGGCGACGGGGACGACCAGCUACUCUCGGUCUUUUUGAGACACCUCCGGUGUUCCAGUCGUUGAAAAUUAAAGAUUAUGAUGUCUUUCAGGACUCAGAUAAUGAGUCGCUUCAUUCCCCUACUGCAGGGAAGAAACCGCGCUUAGCACCCGCGGUUCUGAGGGGUAGCCGUGGCCGAAGGUCAACUACGGGAGGGAGGACAAAGACUCUUGUGCCGGCAAGUACUCGGGGAGGGAAGAAUAAAGACGCCCAAGAGCUCCUUGGAUGGGAUAAUGAGGAGCUUCAGGAUCACCCCGUCUUAAAGCCCGAGACUCCACCACCCGCCAGUCCGGCCACAUCCGAACAGCAAGAUGAAAUUACGGAUGCAGCUUCUGUGACAUCUGAUGAAGGAUAUAUCAGUCCCCUCAGGGGACUAGACGCGGUAGUCGCACUCGCACGGGCGCAAGCACAUAACGCGAUUGAGAGAGCUACCUAUACGGAGCAGCAGAAAGCGUUGGACUCGCUGCGUGAUGCUAGGGAGCGGCGAAUGGAGGAGUUUAAUAAGCUGGCCAAGCGGCAGGCAAAGAAACGGCUUGAGCUCCGGGGAAAUAGAGCGAUUGAUGGAGCAGCGCCGACCAGCGCGGAUGGUGGGAAGCCAGACCUGGUAUGGGUGAAGGGGAGGCCAUAUAUGAGGUCCCCCCCGCCCGCUGAGAAGGAUCCCAAGGGCAGCAGGUAG